CGCAGCUACAAUGGGCUUUCUUUGCUGAGCGAAGUUGAGUCAACAAGCCGGGAAACGCGCUCCUUGGAUUCAUGUGGCACCUUUACGCUCACAGCUUUCUUUUCUACUGCGCCGAGGGACUUUCAACUGAACUCGGUGGCGAUACAAACCCGUUGUGCUUUGGGGGAUGUGUUAAGAGACUAUAGUUGAGUUUCAACCACUAAAAACGACCAGUCAUUAAAUAGUCUACCUGCGAAUCUGCUGCAGGAGGGGGGAGUUUUGCCAGCAAGCGGGACACUGCAGAGUACUUAAACAGUGAGGGAUCUGUACAGAAGUGAACGAUGCUCAGACUGGAGACCAUCAUUUGCACUUUUUCUGUGCUGUCUGUUGCGGCAAGAGCCGAAUUUAAAGCGAGGAAUUGCAGCGAGGUGAGGGAGGCUUCCAUCGCGAAAGGCUUUGGCUUCUCACAUGUUCCCCAUCAGGAGAUCCCAGGGACACAUCUUCGUGUAUGUCUUCAGGGAAACACAUGUUGCACCGAGGAAAUGGAGGACAGAUUUGGCCAACAGAGUAAACAAGACUUUGAGAAUCUGGUUGAUGAAAUGAGUCACACACUGAGAAGCACCUUUGUUUCGAGACAUAAAAGAUUUGAUGAAUUUUUCCUGGAGCUGCUGGAGAACACGGAGAGGUCCCUGAAUGACAUGUUUAUGAGGACUUACGGCAAGCCUUACAUGCAGAAUGCAGAGGUCUUUGAGAACCUGUUUGCUGAACUGAAGCGCUAUUACACUGGAGGGAAUGUUAACCUAGAGGAAAUGCUUAAUGACUUUUGGUCACGGCUGCUGGAGCGUAUGUUCACACUGCUCAACUCCCAGUAUGUCAUCACUGAGGACUAUCUGGAGUGUAUCAGUAAGUACACCGACCAGCUGAAGCCCUUUGGAGACGUGCCCAGGAAGCUCAAGGCUCAGGUUACCCGCGCAUUCAUCGCUGCACGCACAUUUGUCCAGGGGCUCUCCGUUGGCCGGGAGGUAGCCCAGAGAGUGUCUAAGGUUAGCAGCACUCCAGCAUGUAUUCGAGCAGUGACAAAGAUGCUGUAUUGCCCCUUUUGUCAGAGUAUGCCAGGAGUAAAGCCUUGUAAGAAUUACUGCCUGAAUGUCAUGAAGGGCUGCCUGGCCAAUCAAGCUGAUUUGGACCCAGAGUGGAACCAGUACAUCGAUGCCAUGCUGCUGGUGGCGCAGAGGCUAGAGGGACCUUUCAACAUUGAAUCUGUCAUGGAGCCUAUUGAUGUCAAGAUUUCAGAGGCCAUCAUGAUUAUGCAAGAUAACAGUGCCCAGGUCUCCUACAGGGUUUUUCAAGGCUGUGGUCAGCCAAAACCCGCAGGAAUCACUAGGUCUGCUCGUGGUGUUUCGGAUGUGUUCAACGCCCGCUUCAGGCCCUACAGCCCAGAGGAGAGGCCUACCACUGCAACUGGCACAAGCCUAGACAGACUGAGGAUUGUUUGGAAUGCGAUGCAACACAGUGUGGUUGACAUAAAAGAGAAACUAAAGGACUUCAAGAAAUUUUGGUCCAACCUGCCUGAGGCGAUGUGUGUAGAAGACAGAGUGACCGCUGGAAAUGCCAGCGAAGAGGAGUGCUGGAACGGACACACCAAGGGCAGGUACUUUCCUGAGGUCCAAAAGGAUGGCCUUACCAACCAGGUGAAUAACCCUGAAGUGGGUGUUGACAUCACACGCCCAGACACACUCAUCCGUCAGCAGAUCAUGGCUCUGAGGGUGAUGACUAACAAGCUGAAAAAUGCCUACAAUGGCAAUGAUAUCUACUUUCAAGACUCAAGCGAUGAAGGCAGUGGCUCAGGCAGUGGCAGCGGCUGCACAGAGGUCUGCCCCACAUACAUGGACGGUACGGCUGCGACUGAAAUCCCCGUGGUGAGAGCCGACCGGAGCGGGCCUGUGGAUAACUCUGCCCCGCUCUGUGCACCAUCUGUAGCACUGCCAACCAUGCUGGCCCUUUCAGCCUUGGCACUUCAGCGACAGUGGAGAUAAUGCUAGAGGAACAGGCUAAACAUGGACAGCAGGGGUUUGUUUUUUUUCCUUUUUUUCCCUUUUUUUUUGCAGUUUUUUGUAUUCAGGCAGAUUGGAGCAGACAGCAUUCAGACUGCCAGCUUCAAGGCAAGAAGAGUCUGCUCUGAAAAAGAGAGCAGUCAAGCAUCAUGAGUUCCCACUUUCCCAAAGAUUGUGCAGUGCCAUCCUUAGACUUGAUAUGUUUUGGCAUCACUUCACCAUCUAACAGCGAUGCCACCCCUACUAACUCUGCUUCUGAGAUUUUAGUAAAGGUAUUAUUGUAGGUCUUAAUGUGGAAAAAUAUAACACGCACUUUGAUUGUUUUGAUUUUUUUUUUAUUGCAAAAAAAAUAGUUUAUUGUGUGUUGGAAAAAAUGUUGAGAAUGUGGUCAUUUUAUACACGUGUUAUUUUUUUAAAGCAAAGGAUCCUUUGAUUUGAUCUGAAUGGAACAUGUGGUUUUAACUGACACCUUAUUCCAUUGUCAUGAACUUAUGUGCCAACUAUUCAUUUCUGAUGAGAAGCGUAAUGCUGUCAUGUUUAUUUUUAGAUCAAAUGCAGCUUCUAAAUUGUGUUUCACAAUCAUUUUAACUGUGUCAUAUGGAAAGAUUGUAGUUAAACUAUGUCAUGGGUUGGUUAUGCAUCUGCACAGCUUUUAGCUAUUCUCUUAAAAACCUUUCAGCAGCUGCAUUGUGCUUAAAGUCACUGUUAGGGUUAAGAUUGACAUUUUAUAUACUAAUUUGCCUUGCAGCAAAUUCAUUAUGUGCAAAAAUAUUCUCAUAUCAAACUGGAUCCUUAGGCUUCAAGAGUAGAUAGCCUGGACAGAUUUAUUAUGGAGCAGUUACUCACGUUUAGAGAAGGUGCCGCUAAUAUAUGGGUUAUGCUGUCAAGGUAGAUGCUGCCUCUGCAGCGUUGUGGUGUGCAUGUCCUGGUAUAAAAUAUAUUUAUACCAUGUCAAAUAUUGUGAUUGAUAAUAUAAUUAGUAAGUUAAGGGUUGCACAAUGGGUCUCAUGCAACCACUAAAAUGCAAACUUGUCAGUAAAACUAAUCAAAUACAAAGAGGUGUUUAAGUGCUGCAUACAAGUGUUCUUCUCCCAGCACAGAGGAGGUCAUGUGAAGUCACUGAAAAGCAGGAUUAUCUUCUUUAACUGUGUAAAUGGACGUUUACCAUUUUGCACUCGAAGACCAUUACUAUCAGUUCUUGGGCUGCUGUAACCUCGAUGUUAAUUUACAGUAACUGGGGCUUUUAGCAUUUUCAAAAAAUACUCUAGAAAUAUUUACAGGAUUUUGAGAUGAUUCAUUAAUACUGUAAAUGUUGUUUUCCCUCUUAUUUUUAAGGUUCAGUAACCAACGCAUAUUCUGUGUGUAAAUGAACACUGUAGGACCAAAACUAAAAUACUUUGUGACAGUAUUAACAAGUUGAAAUUACAAAU